AUGCUUCAUGGGUAUGGUGGCAAUUCAAAGUGGCAAUUCAUCCAUCAAGUAGGUUCACUUUCUCAAAGUUUCAAUCUGUACAUACCUGAUCUAUUGUUCUUUGGCAAAUCCUACGCCAACAAGCCAGAAAGGACAGAGGUUUUCCAAGCAAAAUGUGUGGCAGAAGGAUUGAAGAGAUUAGGGGUGGAGAGAUUUGCUGUAUACUCUAUAAGUCAUGGAGGGUAUGUGGCAUAUUGGAUGGCUGAGAUGUAUCCAAAGUUGGUGGAGAAAGUUGUGGUUGUGAGUUGUGGGGUUGGGAUGACAGAGGAGUAG